GUAAUAUUUAGUGUUGUGGUUGGCCUUGAACUUUUUCUUUCGCAUUCAAAAUCGUCGUUUUCCAACGCACGGAAAUCAGUCAAGGCAUCGUCAUCUAUUAAAUCUUGGAUUUCCGGUAAGAUCUUUGACUUCGAGCUUUGAUUUGUAUGACUAUGAAUUACAGUAUCGCGGCUUUGCAUUUUCUUAUGAUUUCCACGUCUAUUUAGUUUAUGUCACAGCAUUUUGGCAAUUUUCUGUUUGAUUUUACUUUGCUUGUAAGAUUUAUAUUAAUUCAAACAAAGAACGUAUUCGAACUUCGUUUCUCCUGACUUUGAUGAUUCAACAUCCAGAAAAUAGGCGUCUCCUUUAAUAAAAUGCCACGUUUUUUGCAAAUUUCCAACAAUGCUUUGUUUGCAUUUUCUCCAGUAUCUGUGUAAAUAGGGGAAAUUAUCAGUGCUUUGCCAUACAGAAAUUGCCAGCCCUGGGAAGGGUCAGUUCAGUAGAAAUUUGAUACAAGUGUUCAACUGUUGUGAUACCUUUGUGAAAUUUGCGUUUGCAACUCGUUUCGAUAGAAAUUCAUUUUAAGGAUUGAAAUUACAUUUUAAUAGUAGAUUUUACCAAUUCAUAUUUGUUGAACAGAGCGCUCAAACCUCGUUCAAACUGCCUGCCAGCUGAACAAACAAACCGAGAAUGGAAAGUCUUGUAUUAAAGCUAAAUGUUUUUUAAAAGAUUUUUGAAGAGAAAAAGAACAGUGUUGUCGGUCCCCAAAACUUUAUACUUAUGUACGACACGGGACAUUAUUUUAAUAUUUUACAUUUCCAACGGUCAAUAGUACAAUUUUUUGAUGAAAUAUCUCGAUGGAAGGAACUUUUGAACUAGAUUUUAUAUCGGUGUAGUGGUUUUGUUAAAUCCUCUGCGACCAUAUCCAUGGCGCAGGCAAUGACACCGAAACGAUGAUACCCAAAUGCCGCGCAGCGUCCCGAAUUCUAAAGAUGUUUGUAGAAUAAUUGUGUGAUUUUUGUCAUCUCCAAAACAUUGCGCAAAAUGUUAUUAUUUUUCGCGACAUGUAGUUUCGGCAGACGUUUUUAAACUUUGUGGCGUGCGGUUAAUAGUUCGCGCGAAACUAUAAAUUAUUCAAAUUUAGACCUGUUUGAUAUUCCCGCGGGAGAUCCAAAUAAAAAAAACAGUGUACGUUUGCGAGACAAGGGUGUGUGAAUUUCACAGGGUGCCAGUGUAUGAACUGUACAUAAUUUUACCUAUUUUUACUUUUUUACAUACUCUUGGGCUAGUUUUUAUUUAUGUAAUUAUAUACGAUGUGUUUUAAUAUUUUAAUCAGUUUAUGAUUACGAUUAGUCCAUUUUACACCAUUUUUAAUGCAUGCAAUUAGGUUUUUUUUAGUUUUUUUUUUUCCAAAAAAUAGUUUCUUAAUAGGUUUUUUUAUAUUUGUAUAUGCAUAAUUCACAUUUUAUCUUGUUUUGUAUUUUUAGUUUGUCGAGCCUUUUUAACCUGAGCCUCUGGCUCCCACGUCUUCAACAUUAAAUUAAUUAUUCUAUUCUGUGACUGUAUGAUUAAGUAAAUAGGGAAUGCAGCUGUACUUUUAAGUGCUGACUUUGCAUGUGGAACUAAAAGCAGAAAAGGAAUGUCUUGUCAACUCUAGAUGGCGGGGGGAGGAGUUUGAAAUGUGUCUUUUUCUGUUUUGUCGUUUCUAGUGCAUGCAUCAAAAAAAUUUUCUCUAACAGCAGCCAGUGUUAAUUUGUGUGGUAUUCUAAGCUUUCGGUGUCCCAGGUUAUUGAUAUUAGGCUGAUUUAGCAACAGAACAGGAACGUCAUUUGAUGACAGGAAAGCGCGCGGAAAGAAUUAAACUCGACUUCCGGUGCCCAAUUUGCCGCUGUGCCAUUGGUCAAGCCAGUUGUUUGAUUUGUGCCCGCCGACGUCAACUGACGUUCCCGUUCUGUUGCUAAAUCAGCCUAUUGUUCCACAAAUCAUACCCCAGGCAUUUACUACAGAGACUAAAAAUUCCCUGAGUUUUGCACUUCCUUAAAAUCCCAUACUAAAAUGCCUUUGCCAAAAACCAUACUCUUAACAGUAGCACACACCAUAGCUUUUGUAGAAGGGUAUCCCCUCACAGAUAUUAAUAAAAAUUAUUAUUUUGCAGGGAUCAAAGGAUUAUCUGUGAAAGACUCUGUGGUAAGUAGGCUUUUUAAGACUUACCAGUACAUAGGACUUGGACUAUAUGGAGGGUUAAGGCCUGAAGGAAAAAAGGGGACUAACAAUAAAUUAUAGUAUCAUUCGAUGCAAAUUGUUCUUCCUUUUAAUUGGCCAAAAGCCCACCCUGUGAACUGCAAAUAACUGCCUACAAAUAAUGGUCUGCUCAUGCGCUAUGUCGUCCAACUGUGUUUAGCUGCAAAUAAUAUUCUGCUCAUGCGUAAACAAAACCAUGCUAUUAUCCUUCUUUAUAUUUUUCUUGUGUGAAACAUGGCAUCUGGUUACGUAUUAGCUUUCAAUUUUAGCUGUUUUUUAUUUAUCUUCAAAGUUUUUUCUAGUAUGCAUUAAUUUUGUACUAGCAUGCAGGUGACAGAGUACACCCCUGCGCCCCACAAGCACUUCCCCCACCCCUCUCUACCAGGAUGCUGUAUAGCGGUGGUUCCAGGGAGUUGUAGCUUCCUUUUAUUAGCUUUUGACUUAAUGAUGUCUCCAUUUCAGGUUACAAGUGGACAAAGACUAGAAUCAGUGAGAAAAGCAUGCAGAAGAACAAAGAAAUCUUGGGAUUCCCUCUCUCUAACAGAGAAAAAGAUCCUUGCCAAACACAUCUUAGUCAAUGAUGAACACAAGUUCCUGUUCUGCUCUGUGCCUAAAGCUGCCUGUUCAAAUUGGAAAAGAGUGUUGAUGGUGCUUCAAGGUGAAGCAGUUGAUGCUAAUGCUAUUCGCAAAGUCAAUCACAAGGGCUUUACAACAUUGGAAGAGCUACCUCCUUUGGCGGUUAAACGCACACUUAGAGAAUACUACAAGUUCAUGUUUGUUCGGAACCCUCUAUCCAGACUAGAGUCAGCAUACAAAGACAAGUUUGUUCGAAAUAACACUUCCUUUCACAAAAGCUACGGCCGAAAAAUAAUCAAGCACGUGCGUAAAAAUGCUCCAGUAAAUGCUAAAGGAGAUGAUGUGUCUCUAAAAGAGUUUUUACAGUACGUAUCAGAGAGUCAUGUAGAAGAUAUGAACGAGCACUGGAUGCCACUGUUUGAGUUAUGCCAACCUUGUGCAGUUUCAUAUGAUUUUAUAGGAUCCGUUGAAAAUCUUGAGAGCGACGCAACUGAAGUAUUAAGAGAACUUCAUGUGGAGGAGCAGGUUUCUUUUCCAAAGCAACAGUCAUGGUAUCAAACAACGGGAAAGGGACAUCAUGAUACAAAUCUUGCAGAUGUGCCAUCCAAGCUGUUGCAAAAAGUAGUGUCAAAGUAUGCCAAGGAUUAUGCGUUGUUUUCAUAUCCAAAACCUGAUGUCUGA